AUGCCUUCGCUCUCUACUUCGCUCUUCGCCGCCGGCCUGGCGACAUUGGCCCAGGCAUUUACCGCCCCUGGUGCACAAACCUGGGGCCCUCUGCUCACCCCAGAUGUGUCAUCUCCAGUCACCCAAGGCGAACAAUUCACCGUGACCUGGGAUCCUGAGAAGCACCCAACCGACGGCGUCACCGUCAGUCUCGUUCUCUGCCACGGACCCAGCACCAACUGCGUCCUCCAAGAUACGGCCAUUGCGGAGGGACUUCCCGCGGCUCAGAAAUCCUUCGAUUGGGACGUUCCUUGCGACUUGGAGGCCGGUACUCAGAACACGCCGACCGGAUAUGGUAUGCUGGUCAUUGUGGACGGCACUGGAGAAUUCCAAUAUUCGACUCAAUUCUCCGUCCUCGAGGGCAAGAGCUGCUCGGGCUCCAGCUCCAGCUCCAGUUCCAGCUCCGGCUCGAGCUCAUCCUCUUCCAAGAUCUCCGUCUCGGCAACCACCGUCACCGGCAGCAGCGGCACCUCCAUCAUCCUAGGCCCUCCUGCGUACCAGACCGGCACCAACACGUGGGGCGCCUCGGGUAACUCGUCGUGGGCCACCACCGCGACCCCGACCGGCAGCAACGGCUGGAACGGCGGCGCGACAUCCACUCCCGUCUCCUCCUCAGACUGGGGCAACUACAGCACCCUCCCCGGCACCACCGUCAUCGCCACGGAGAGCACCCUGACCACCGCCCCCAGCGGUGGCUCGACCGUCGCCGCCGAGAGUACCGGAACGGCCUCGGGCCCCGCUGCCAGCGCAUCCGCCUUUGACGGCGGCGCCGGACGAGUCGGCUACAGCGCCGCAGGCCUGGUGAUCGCAGGCGCCGUUGCUGUUCUCGCUCUGUAG